GCAAUUUCCCUGUGUCAUGGCUCCGGUCUCUUAGCAACAGCCGCCAGUCCGGCCGCCCGGAGCCGCCGCCGCCGCCGCCGCGGGCUCAACUCCACCCGGCGGAGCCCGGCGCGCCGCAGCCACACAAAAGAAGCUCAAGGGCCGGGGACCGCGCGGCUGCAGCGGCCCGCUCGGGGGCGCCCCGGGAGGGGACACCAAGAACUGAGGAGGAGCGCCGGAGGGCAGAAGGGCUCCGAGGCAGGAUGCAGGAUGCGGAGGACCUGACACUUCUUGGAAACUCUUGGAAAUGGCUCCCGCCACAGCGCCGGAGGGGGCUGCGAGCCCAGGGCGGACGCUCGUCCCCGCUGGGCUGCUGAGCAGCGCUCGCGUGGAGGGCCCCGAGGCGCUGUCCCUGCGCCCCGCCGUCGGCUCGGGCUGAAAAAGUUUCUCCAUGGUUCCUUUGUGUCGCCCGAGCGCCCGUUCGCCGGUCCCGAGCUUCCCCGGUCUCCCUGGCCACGGAAAGACCAGCGCCAGGCAAGUCAUUUGCGAGGGCAGACAAUCUCCACUGCUAAGUUUGCUUUCUUGCAUUAAGUCUAAAGGAAAAACCUCAAAGCAGGAGGAGGUGGCGAAGCAGCUAGUGGACAGCUGGCGCCCCCUCUGCACAAGCAUCUGCCCCAGCCCCUCAGGCAAGCCCCUAUCUCCACGAGUUCGCCAUGAUCGCCACCGGAGGCCUUCUGAGGAUUUCCGCCAGAAAGCAGGAUCCCCUCCGCCCCCCAAGCCAGGUCCCUAAGCGCAAGAGGAAAACCAAGAAGAGGCGCAAGAAUGACGUGGUGGUGGUGAAAGGCAAGCUGAAGCUCUGCUCCAUUUCCGGCCUUAUCGCCCUCUGCGGGAUCCUCGUGCUACUGGUGGGCAUAGCUAUGGCUGUGGUGGGCUACUGGCCAAAGACCAACACGGCCAAUAGGGAGGGCAGUAAGCAGCUGCUGGCUGCGGGCAGUGCCAACCGCGUCCUAACCACCACCGCCAACAGCAGCAGUGGCAGCAAGAACUCGUCCAGGAGUCACCAUGGGACUCCAGAGGGUGUCAACUCCAGUUCCGUGGGCGUGCCCAGAAGCACGCCUCCAGCGCGGUCAGCCCCCCCUCCCUCAUCCUCUUCCACGUCGGUGGGCUUCUUUUUCCGCAUCUUUUCGGGUUACCUGCACUCAGACAAGCUUAAGGUCUUUGGGCCGCUCAUUAUGGGCAUUGGCAUCUUCCUCUUCAUCUGCGCCAACGCGGUGCUGCACGAAAACCGAGACAAGAAGACCAAGAUCAUCAACCUACGUGAUCUCUAUUCCACCGUCAUCGACGUGCACAGCCUUCGCGCCAAAGACCUGGCUGCAGCUGCAGCAGCGGCUGCAGCCGCUGCUGCCUCCUCAUCGUCCUCGGCUCCCACCUCGGCGCCCCCUGGGACUGUACCGCUCAACGGCUUCCUGAGCUACGUGCAGUCGCGGGGACUGGAGCUGAAGCCCGGGGGUUGUGGAGGUUCUGGGGACACCUUCGGGGCGGCAGCGAUGCUGGCCAGGGGCUCCUGGCCCCACCCCGCGGCACUGGGCGGGGGCGGCGGAAGGGCCCGGGGCGCGGCGUCCCCACCCGACUUGGCCUCAUCCCCGCGCUGCCUGCGAGAGCCCCCGAGCCUGGCAGAAGCCGUGUACAGUAUCUACCGCGAGCGCUCCGGAGUAGCGGGCCGUCGCCGGGCCACCACCGCUGUGGCUACUGCAGCCGCCACUACCACCGCGGCCGCCAGCGGCAGCAGCAGCCCGGCGCCCUGCAGCCCACCCGAGAGUUGGGGGCGCCAGAGCACCGCCAGCUCCCUCGUGGGCUCCUCACUGAGCGCCUUUGCGCUGCUGCCCUUACAAGGGGACCGCGACAGAGACGGGGAAGCGGAGGGCGCUAGCUGCAGUUGGCAGAGGCCACCCGGGGAACGCGGCUCCCGGGAAAUCCCACGGGGCGAGGUUGAACUGAGUUUGACCGACCUUCGCGGCGCGGAGGGUGGCGCGCACUGGGCGCUUGGGGAGCUGGAUGAGCCCGGGGGAGCGGCGGCAGCGCACACUGCCAGUGGGCAGGGAGGACGUCUGCCCAGGACCGGCAGGUACGCGGCCUUGAGGCGCCGCAGCACCAGCGGGCUCCCGGACUACCGGGCCCCGCCGUCCCCCGAGCCCCCGCCCUCCCCGCGCGGUGCGGACCUGGACUCCAGCCUUCAGGACACAACCGCCAUCCCCUCGCCUCCCCUGCUACAGGAGGACUCGUCCCGUGCCAGGCGGGACUCGGGGAGCUCCCAAUCAGAUGACCUAUCGAGCAGCAAUAAGGGCUACACUCCCCUGCAGGAGGCCGGCACCUCCUUGGAGUCGGUGGUGGAAGUAGUAGCCAGUAAAAGGCAAGACUGUGAAGAUGCCACCGUUUUGAGUGCGGAGCAGUGUCCCUCAGAGAGUCCCAGCGAGGAGCAACCCGCGGCCGAGCAACCUCAGCCGGUGCAGAGGCAGUUUACAAACAAGGAGAAACUCUUCAUGAUUUCCCAGUCUCAUGCCACAGGAGUUGAAGAUGGAGAGCUGGAAAGCACUGGCAUUUAGGGGGGAAAGAGGAGCCACAGGGGGGAAAGGAGAGAGAAGAUGGAAGAAAUACUCAUUUGGAUUAGUGCAUUAACAGCUCCCCAAUUCCUUUGUGGACUGGUCUGAGGAAAUCAUCCAAUAUCCAAAGAGCUGCAGAAUGUUAUUCUUGAAUUGCAUUCACAAGAUUCUUGUAGAUAACUCCAAGCAAAUUUUUUUUUUUUUAAAAAAAAGCUAACUAGUCUUUUAUGUCCGAUGGUGAUUGUAUGUUUCAUGAAAACCAAAUGUAUUAAAAGGUCAGCAAUCUAGUUCAUUAGAUAAAAUUCUCUUAAUUUUCUUAGGAUCAAGAUAAUAUAUUUUUUACAGUAACUGUGCACUUUACUCCAGUUUUUGUUUUUUGUUUGUUUGUUUUGUUUUGUUUUUGACCCCUAAUUUCCCUAACCCUUGUAUUUUGGGGCUGGUUUUGUGGAUUGCUGCUUGUGAAUGACAAGCUUCCUGCCCCCCUCUCUUUGUGGAGCUUUGAAGGGUUGAUUUGUUUCAGUUUUCUUAGAAUUGAUCUUUCUAAAUGAAUUCAAAGCCCAAAGUAUAAGUAAUUCAGGAAAGAGCACUCUCUUAGCCCCUUCCCACUCUGCUCAUGCAACUGUCCAAAGGCCUCUUUAUUUUUUAAAAAGGGUAUUUGCAUUUUUAUACUAGGGUAUGUUGCAGAGACUAGAGUGAUCCAGAAGUUAGAUGGACUGUGAGGUCACAAUAUCAAGUACACCAUGCUUUAUUGAGUAUUAUCACUCCUGUAUUGAAAAUAGCGUCAAUAUUUAAAGUCUUUUUUUUUAAUAAAAGAAGUUUCCAAACAAACAGUUAAACAUAAGAUCGCUUCAUUUUCCCUGGGAACUAAUACUGCUUCACAGUAAACAUUUAACAGUUUAUCUGAUGAAUCUAAAAUAAUUUGCUAUGACAUUGCUACUUUGACUGUAGUUAUCUUCCCCCCAAAUAUGAGUGAAAGUAUGAGGACAUCAUAAUAGUUUUCUGGUAUAUUUUUAACUUUUAAAAACAUAGGACAGUACUAAACAGUUGGGAGUUCCUCUCUUGAGUAGAAUGAACCAAUGAAUAAAUAGCAUUUUUCUAUGAUACUUUAAGUUAACCUCAAAGUAUUAAUUUAUAGAGGACCAGGUUCUGUAUUCCCUUCCCAUCUUCUUGGAUUUCAUCAUUUGAUUUUGUUUUUUAGUUUUUGGUCUUGAACCCAUGACCCACAUAGGCAAAAAGGUAGUGUUUCAGUACUAAACAGAUUAUUUACAUUUGGUGUUAUUAAAAGUCAACUAGUUAAUGUUCAAGAACAGGAAAGACAAAUAAUUACAAUUCCAUUGCCUCUUCCUUUGAGUGUUACCUGAAGAGUUUUGGAAUUGCUUUCUUUUUGGCCAUUCAGAUACAAGUUCUUUACAUACAGGAGACUCUUUCUGCAGAAGCCUAAAAUACUGAUUUCAAAGGAAAACCAGUAUAAGAUGUGGUCAUGUUGGUUUUGGUGCAGAAAGCAGCUGGUCCUGCAGAAAUAUUGCAUAUUCAGGAUUGAGAGUGGAUCCCAGCUCUUGGCAUUUGCAAUUUUUUUUUUAACAUGGCACAGAUGCUGGGUCUUCAGCAUCUGAUCUGUAAAAUGAGAACAACUUGACAUACCUUUUAGAGCUUUGGGAGGAGAUAACAAGGCAGGAGAGGGAUUAUACAUGAAGAGCCUAGUAGACUACUGGCCCAGAGUAUGUACGCAAGAAAUGGUGGCUUUUGAAACCAUUACUACUGUUACAAUACAUUGUCUGAAUGCAUGCUGUAGAAUAAUGAGAUUGGACUUCAUUGAAAUCUGGAAUAGCCACUCAUUCUCCAAUAAUCUUAAACAAAUCACUUAAUCCCUCUGGGCCCUGGAGGAUAAUAUAAUCUCUAUGAUCCCCUUCAGCUCUAAAAGCUUUACUUAAAUUCAGAGUAUUGGUUUUAUCCUGGAUAUAAUCGUAUCAAAUUUGUGCACAAGACUUAUCGAAGAGUGAAUAUAAUUCUUCAUAAACUUCCACUUAUGUAACAGUCUGUAAUGAUUUUUUAAAAAAAUCUAAUUUGUUACCAAUUUGGAUCUACAUUAGGUUAAUAACUCACUUAAAGGCUCUGGGUUAAUUUAUUGAGCUCUCUAUGGCACAAAGUGAGUUUACACUAACCAGAGUGACAAGCAAGAAUAACAAGACCUUCAGGUAGGGUUAAAUUUCAACAGUUCCAAUUGUAUUAACCCACUUCCCCAAACAAACAAACAAAAGCCAAAUUUCACUAUGUUUUCUCCAUUGUACUGAAAGUGUGUUAUUUAAAAGGAGAAAUUGGUUCCGGUGUUCUACAAUUCUAAUCCAGUCCUCAGAAAAUACAUUAUAAUGAUAUUUAUCAAAUAAUAAGGCCAUCAUUUCUUAGCUUAACUAAACAGGGGUGAGAAGAAUAAGAUUUAUUGUUUAUCCCUUACAAACGUUAGAAAAUUCAGACUAAACGUGUGGCUUCUGUUGAUCUCACACAUCUGAGUGCUUUCUGAAAUUAAAUAUCUUCAGCAAGUGAAAUGACUUUAAAAUCAAAUCAUUUUUAUCUUUUUAAAAAAAUUUGGGGGGGGGCUGUAGAGGGAUAGCAUACCUUUAUUUUAUUUGCUUAUUUUUGUAUGCAGUGCUAAGGAUCAAACCCAGUGCCUCACCGGUGCUAGGUGAGCGCUCUGCCACUGAGCCACAGCCUCAGCCCCAAGUCAUAUCUAUCUUAACCAUUGUGCAGUUUAACCAGUUUUUUUCCCCCACCAGAUUUUUUUUUUUGCCUGAAGAUAAAUUCAAUUCUACAAAUUUUGAGAGACACCUGGGAUUUCCUCAGACUUCAGGAGGAAUCCUUUCCAAUGAUAACUGUGAAAAUUCACAGUAUUAACUUGCAUAGGAGCAAAAAUCUUUUGCAAUAAUAGAGCUAAUUGUUACUCAAUAUUUACUGUGAUCUAAAUACUGUUCUACCAGCUUGACAUAUAUUAUAUCAGUUAAUCCUCAUAACAACUUUAUUGAAGUAGGAUUGGUAUUAUCCCCACUUUACAGAGAAAGAUAUUGAGGUCAGAGGGAUGGAGUAUUUACCCAUAAUUACACAACUGGUAAAGGGAGCUAGGAUUUUGAGAGUUUUGACCAUUGUAUGAACAUGCUGGCAAAUGCUGAGAUGAAAUUAGCAUUUUUAUAGAUGACUGAAAUACUUCAUACCUCCUUGGAUUUCCACUGAAUUCCUUUCCGGAACAAUUUUUAGACAUAUGCAGAGCAAUGGUAGAAUUACAGUAAGAGGUAAAGUUGGUGUUUGUGUUUUAGUCUUUAGACCAACAAAAGACUUUUUGUGUUUUUUUCCUAAGUGACUUGGCAGACUUUUUGGACCUAAUCAAUGAAAGGGCAUAUUUGGAGGGAACUUAGAAUCCCCCACCUUGUACUUACAACCAUAUGUAGUAUGAUUCAGAGGCAACAAGCAGUGGCAGGCCUCAGAUGCUGAAAUAAUCAUGGAAACUGGCAACAAUCCCCCCCCCCAUUUCUAUCAUGUUCAGGGAUGAUCAGGGGCAUGUUACUUGUCCUCUCUGUAUCUCAGUUUUCCUUUCCAUACAAUAAGAAUAGGAAUGGUACACCACAGGACUGGAUGCAGAUUAAAUGAAUGUAUUUCUCUGUAAAGUGCUUAUAACAGGCUUGGGACAUAGUGUUAUAAAAGUGUCAUUUCUUUUAUUUCAAAUAGAAUCAGCUGCUAAAUAGAAUUAUUUCAUCCAUCCUUCCUUUUUAUUAACAAUCACUUUAGGUUUAAAAGCUUAAUAUGUAAGGCAACAUAGCAUAGUGGCUUGAGUGUGACUUAGAGAGCUUCCAAAGCACUGAGUUUUGACAUCUAUUAAGUGGAAGUAAUAAAUGGCAUUUGACUUAUAGAAUUAAUUGUUCAAAUGAGGGCUAAAUAAAUUAAUAUGUUCAAAGGACUUAGAAAAAGUUCUGGCGCACACACAAAGUCUAGUAAAUAUUAACCAGUAAGGCAAAAUAAUUAAAGAAAUAUAAAUAUUAGACUAAAUUCAUUAUUCAGUUAUUACAGACACAACCUUAACUUUACUGUUCUGAAACAUCUUAAUAACUUAGGUGUAUCAGAAAAUAAAAUAGAACUUAAAAACUGAAAACUUGUACUCCUGCAACAGCCCCUGGUAGAAAGAACAUAAAACAAAUAAGAACUAGACACAUGUUCCUAUGGUUCAUGACCAUGGUAUUGUAUGACAAUGAAUGAGUAUUCAAAUUGCUCAUGUGACUGCAUUUUGUUUAGGAUUAGACCAUUUCCAUUUACUGAAGCUGGUCACAUCAGAAGGGUCAGCAAGCCCCUGAGGUCCCAGUCCUUGUCUGUCAAAAAGUCCUGAGGAAAGAUUAGGAGUUUUUGUUUUGUUUUGUUUUGGUACCAGGGAUUGAAUCCAGGGGCACUUAGCCACUGAGCCACAUCCUCAACUCUUUCUAUUUUUUAUUUACAACAGAGUCUUACUAAGUUGCUUAAGGUCUCACAAAGUUACUGAGCUGGCUUUGAACUUGUGAUCCUCCUGCCUAAGCCUCCAGAGUCAAUGGGAUUACAAGGAACUCCUUUAUUUAAAUUGUCUUGAAAAAAGUAUUUCCUGUUAAUUGUCUCUUCACUCAUUUUGAAUUUCUCAUAAAAAUGCAGUUUUGAGUAUGUUUUGCGGGGAGUUAGAGAAUUUAAAAAAAUUUCAAACAAUAUAUUAUUAGUGCAAACUAAGUAAAAGGAUUUGUAUUUUAUUAAAACAGUAUUUUUGCCAAGAUAUAAAAAUUUGUUUUAUAGUAAUGCAAUUUAUAAAUAAGAUCUUCUUGUAUUAAGGUUGCAGUUUAAGGUGAAUGCUUUCCUCAUUCAUAACAAAGAAAGAAUAGGAGUGACAUAGAUGGAGUUGGAUUUUGAUAGACUCAGACUAUUGUUUUAAUUUUGUUGGGGGGAGGCUAAAAAGUCUUUGGAUGAAUAUUUGAAUAUUCAGAAUAAGUUUUUUCAUGAGUAACUUUGAAAGUCAUUCUAAGACUUUUUUUUUUCUUCU